GUGCUUUGCUUGAUCAAUUCCUUGUCGUUCUUUUAUACUACACUCAUUUAUAGCUUUGUUUCAGUCGUUUGAUACGCUCUUUUACGAUGUUCUCUAUUCUUACACUCUCUCUGCUCUCUCUCGCUAGCCCAGGUUUGGCCGGCGUUAUAGUGCCAAGAUCUGGUACUCUUCCUCCAAAAUUCACAGUCUCUGAGUACAGCAACGAUGCUGUAGGGUUCCCCAAUGUCUACCGCGAUGGUGGUGGUGGAGGUACAAUCAAUGGCAAGAACAUCAUCGUGUUCUGCGAUACUACUACCACGGACGGCGGUCCAAGCGGAAAAAUGAUAGGCUUUACGUCCAAUAGUGCAGCCUACGCGAACGCAGAUACCCCAACUUCCUUGACCGAUUUCGGAUCCAGCGGCAUCCCUAAAACGGCCGUGGCAUAUACGACUGCCGAAGCGGCCUAUACCAGCAAGCACUUUGGCAGCGAUGGAGGUCGAGAAGUUCUCUGGCCUGGAAGCGCCAUCACAGAUGUGGGCAACAACAUCGGUGUCUUCGCUGCGGAUAUUGCGGUAUACGGCGGUCCCAGCCCGGGCAAAAAUUACAGCACCCUCGUGGAAGUUACCGCUUCUGAUUCUGGCCCGACAUUCACGCGCGUAGUAGAAAAGCUCUUCUUGUCCAACGAGGUCUCCUAUGGUAGCUUCGGCACCGCCAAAGCCUGGAACGGCAAGCUGAUGCUGUUCGGAAACACCAAGGGCGGCAUCAAAAUCGCGAGAGUAGACCCUGCCGAUCGCGCCGAUCGCACCAAGUACGAGUACUGGGACGGCAGUGCCUACACCGCCACAAUGCCAUCCGCGUCUUCGACGUCCGACAUCGCCGUCAGCGGCGUCUACAGUUCAGGUGACUUUUACAUGUCGUCAUAUUAUAGGACGUGGAUCUUCAUCUACUUCAAUGGCUAUGCGGAUAGCACGUUUCGCAUGCGCUACUCGCUGUCUGGUAAGGUCUAUGGGCCGUAUAGUGACGAGCAAGUGCUUUAUAAGACCAGUGUGCCAUCUGGACAGAAUUACAAUUACGCUGGGCAUGCGUAUCCGAGUUGGGACGCAAGCGGAAAGACGGUGACGCUGAGUUGGACGAUCAGCGGAACUACGACCAAGAUGGCGAAAGUUUCUUGGGCGUAGAGUACCAGUUGGCCACAGUCGCAGUUGCAUUUGUGGGCACUGAUAGGUCGAUGAUUUGAGGGUUGCAUGCUCCGAU